AGAAACGAGAAACUUACUUCGGAAAGAGACAGGGAGACAGAAUCUUUUCGGUUAAUUCCACGUUUGUCCUUCCAUCCUCCACGCCCCAAAUUCCCCCAUUUUGUUCCCUUUUCGGAAUCUCUUCCCAGCGGCUAUCUGACAGAGGCUCACCGAGACCGAGACCGAGACCCAAAGCCAGCCCGAAACCCAGGAAAAUGGUAUCGGACUCGGAGCUUAUUUUGCGGCUCCGGGAGUUUCUCCAGAGCUCCGACCUGAACACGACGACCACCGCCACCGUACGCCGAAGGCUCGAGGCAGAUUUUGGAGUGGAUUUGACGGACAAGAAGGCGUUUAUAAGGGAACAGGUGGACGUGUUCUUGCAGAGCCUGCAUGAGAAAACUGAGGAGGCUGCAGAAGACGCUGAAGCUGAAGUUGACGAAGGAGGAACAGACGACCGGACCGAGAAUGCUAAAUCGGAAGAAACCGACGGUUCUGGUUCGAAGGAUGAGGACGAUGAAGAAGAAGUUCAACAAACGAAUAAUGGGAAGGGCAAAAGACGGUCAAUCAAGCAUAAAAAUGAGGUAAAGAAGAGGGGGGGUGGUUUUAGCAAAUUAUGUAGCCUUUCGCCUCAACUUCAGGAAUUCCUUGGGGAGUCUGAAAUGGCAAGGACUGAGGUCGUCAAGCAACUGUGGGCCUAUAUUAGAGAGAACAAUUUGCAAGAUCCUAAUAAUCGGCGGAAUAUCAAUUGUGAUGAACCACUGCGUGCCCUUUUUAGUGUUAAAUCCAUUAACAUGUUCCAAAUGAAUAAGGCCUUAUCAAAGCAUAUCUGGCCAUUGGACUCAGAUGAUGUUGUGCCGGUCAAGUCAAUGCAGAAGGACAGGCAGCCGAAGCAAGAAAGAGAAGAAGAUCCAGAUGAGCCAAAAAGGAAAGAAAAAAGGCUGAAGGGAGGUAAAUCAGGUUUUCUUGCGCCUCUUCAACUUUCGGAUACCUUGGUGAAGUUCCUUGGAACUGGGGAAAGUGCAUUAUCACGGGGUGAUGUCAUAAAGAGAAUAUGGGAGUACAUAAAACAAAACAACCUCCAGGACCCAUCUGACAAGAGGAGAAUAAUAUGUGAUGAGAAGCUGAAAGAACUGUUUGACGUUGACUCCUUUAUUGGCUUCACAGUUUCAAAACUCCUAGCUUCUCACUUCAUGAAGACAGAACAGUGAGUCUCACCAUUACCGUUCUUGUGAAAGCCCAAGGGAACGGAAGUUUUGCUUAUAGGUUUAGUUUAGCUUUCAGUGUUUUGUUUGUUGGAUCUUUUUGCACGGCCCACAAACAGGGCAAAUUGAAAAUACAAGAAAGGAAAAGGAAAUCUCUCCCCUCUCUCUCUCUCUCUCUCUCUCUCUCUCAAUAUAUAGAUAUUUUUGUCUGGUAUUUUGUUUGACUUUGCAUCUCUUUCUUAGCUUCUGAGUGAAUGGCUGUAGUUAUUAAUUUUCAUCACUCUGGAUAUUGUAUGUCAAGAAUGUGAAGGCUUCUGUUUCUCCACUGCGUUCAUUCAAUAG